AUGCAAUCAAUCACAUUGUUGCCGGUAUUCAUCCUUCUUUUUAUACUUUCUCCACCAUAUUUUCUUUUCGAAUCUUUUCAAUCAAGUUCAAAUUUUGCCGGGGCAACAAAGACCCUCAUAGAUGUUCUCAGUAGUGACGAGCGGUUUGCGCAACUACUUUUGUGUCUGCAACGGACUCAUCUUAUAUAUUAUGUAAACCAUUUAGAAACUGCCACCUUCUUUGCCCCUAUAAAUGAGGCAUUUGAUAAUCCUUUUAUCACCAAAGAAGAGAUGCUUUAUCACAUUUCGCUUCAAGAGAUCAAAGGCGAUGAACUAUUUGAUGGACAACUUGUGACAACCACACAUGAGAUUGCUGACAAGCUCGGGGAAGGCCUUAUAGGACAAAAAAUAAGAGUCGAUUUUUCAGAGGGGAGGAGAUAC